CUCUCGACUCUCGCGCAGGCCAGGUUGCAUCAAUCCCGUCGGUCGAUCCACCGACCACGUGCAACCCGCCAACAGGCGGCUUGCGAGGGGAAAGCCACCAAGAUCCGAUCGCGUGCACGUGCUCCUCAUGCACCAACAGUGACAAUAUCGCCGGCACGUAAAGGAAAAGAGAGAAAGCGAGAGAGAGACAAUAAAAAAAUAUUUUUUAAAAAGAAAAAGUCCUUCCGGUUGGUGCAACGUGUCACGUGAAACGCAUUCGAUUAAUUACUUUUCGAUCAUUAUCGAAAGCUCGCGAGAUACACCAGUGCGGAUCAAGAUUAUCGAAAAGAUCAAGUUCAAGCUUUCGAUCUGUAUCUCCUCGUGUGUUUCGUUACGAGAAUUUAAUUUCCAAGUGCGCGAGAAGAUAAUCCGAGGGAAGAGUCACGGUGCUCGAUCAGAGAGAGAAAGAGAGAGAGAGCGCGCGGAUUAAAACGGACGUCGUAAAUUAAUUCGCGGGAGAUUCCGAUCGCGCGCUCUUAUAGGUUUGGUUUGCGAGCAGUUUACACCGGAGGUAUCACACCGUGACGCCACGCCGCGCCGCGCCGGCCGGCGGCAAAUUUAAUUCCGCGGCGCGUUUCUCACGCCUGCGAAAUCAGUCCAACCGCGCGUGGAAUGUGACGAUUAAAAAGACAAAGAGGCGCGCCGUCAUUCUCGACCGAGAGCGUUCCACUUUCGGCGGCCGUGCGUAAAAUCGACAGGCCGGCCGGGGCGAAAAUGAAUUCGAAAUGGUCACGCCGGUGCGCGGCGCGCGUGAGCCGCGCUUUUUUAACGUGGCGAGGUGCAAUUGCAGCGGUGCGAUAGCCCUCGGACCCUUCAAAAAUUUUCGCGCUUCGAUGAAUCGAAGGGAGAAAAAACCCGGGAUCGGCCAGAAAAACCACUCGACACGGAGAUCGAUCGAUCGGAACGGGUCGGAAUAAUUGAAUUAUCGAAAGCCCGGAGGCAGGAGGACGCGGACCCUUCGGGACGGCCAUACAUGGUCGUCGUCUGCCUACAAAAGCCGAGGAAGAAGCGGCAGCAUGUCGUCGUGAUCGCGUGGGAGGUCGAGGCAAUCGCGUACGGCGCUUUUUACGCGCGAAACGAAGCGGAGAAACAGAUGCGCUCACUCCGGACGCUCACCCAACACGCGGACGAGCGACCGUUUUAAACCGCGCAUUUUGUUCCCGUUCCAUUAAAAAUGCACCGAUUUUGCGCACGAAUGGAUCUUUCAAGAGCUACGUGACCAGCACCGAUCUCUGCCUUCGAUGCAUCGCGAGAACGCGUGCCGAGCCGAAGGCGGUCGACAGAUCGAUCCGGAUGAGAUGAGUGGAACCUGAUUCAGAGCAAGUUCGUGCCGCCAAGUAGGCAACAACUCGAAUAAUUACCUACAACUAGUUCGUUAGCAAACCGCGGUUAAACCUCCACGCAAAUCACAUCGCCGCGAGUGAAUAAAAUUGAAAAGUUCAUUUGAUAAAAAUAUCGGAAAAAACAACGCGGAAAAAGGAAAAAGAAGAAAGAAUAAAAUAGGACCAUGUGAGCGGACUGCGAAUCCAUGAACCGUUUGAAAAUUGCGUGCGUCGUAUCGCGUGACAAAAGAAUCGUAUGCGGAAUAAAGUGAAAAACUGCGUAAAAUGCACAGCAUCGGCCUGCCGUCGCCGUGUCAACGUCCGAGAUGCAUUCGUGGCUGAAGUGCAUUAUCGGCGAGUCCCGCGUGCAGAAAGGUUUCGCGAACUAAAGACUGUCCGAGGCAUGUCGUUGCCGUUGCGCAUCUGACGAACGCGCGCGACGAAUGAAGAUUUUCGCUACGGGUAAAAAUAAUAAUAGAGAAAACGAGGGGGCAGCAUGCCGGUCGCGGGAACGAGGAGAUUAUGUAGAGUGGGACUCGCCGCGGUCUUGGUCACCGCGCUGUGCAUUCUGACUCUGCUGGACUCGCCGCCAGCACGACUCCCGGAUCCACCGACCGAUCCUCCUCCCACGCCUGGCGGCGAACCGCCGGGCACAAGAAGCAUCGUCGCUUAUUCGUGGGCCCGAAGAUUGGCACUCGAUUACAGGCCCACCAAGCACUGCGACGGUAAUGGAACGCGCGGAAUGGCGUUAAACGCAUAUGAGCUGCCCGGCACAAAAUGGCUCGAGACAAUCCCGGGACAGCUCUUCCUGUACAGCGCCCACUUGGACCUCAGAAUCGCCGGUUACCCGAGCAUCAGAGUGAUUGGCGUUAAACGAGGAGCCCUGCCGCCCUCCGCGCUCUUCUGCACUAUAUGGUACCGAGAGAACGGGAGGAUACAAUCGUUCAGCGUGGAGGCGCUCAUCUCGACGAUCUGGUUGGAUGAAUGGGGCGACACGGCGGACAGUUACACCGGGAUUCUUGUAAAUUGUCAACUGCCGUUGGACGGCUCGGUACGCCAUACGUCUCGGGUUCACGUGGGUCCGAGUCCCUGCUACGAGAAUGCUAGUCAUAGUUUAACGAUCCGCUCGGAAUUCGACGACGAGACUUUUGCCGAUCGGAAGAGGCGCCAGUUCACCCUGUGCAUCAAAGGAUUGGACUUCGACGAGGACAUAUCGCAUAAAUUAAUAGCUUUCGUCGAGCUACAUCGUAUUCUGGGCGCCAAGCUAUUCUACUUCUACGUAUUCAAUGUGCACGAGAAUGUACUCAAGGUGUUACGCUUGUACGAGCGGUCAAACGUGGUGCGAUGGUUCGCGCUUGAUCUACCGGGUGAUUUGCCGAACGAGAAGCUGGCCCGAAGGCGAUUCUUCAGCGAGGACAUUUGGACGAAGAGGCGAAUGGAGCUGAUCCCGUACAAUCACUGCUUCUACGAAAAUCUUCACCGGUCGGAGUUCGUGGUGCCGAUCGAUAUCGACGAGGCGAUCGUGCCGACGCGACGGAAGACCUGGCACGAAUUGCUGCUGGACGAGCGCGCGAAGCUCGGCAGAAGCUUCAAGGACUUCGCCUCGUAUUCGGUACGGAAUGCCUAUUUCUUUCCCGAGUUGCAAAACAAGAGUCAGACCGAUCGGUUGACCGGACUCGACGAGGAGCUCCGUCGCUCGACCGAGUAUACGGACUAUCUGGAUACCAUGAGAACGGCCAGUAUUUCGCCCGAGGGCGACUCGGUGAAAAGUUUCGUCUCCACAAGGCGCGCGUUAACGGUGCACAAUCACUACGCCCUGACCACGUUGAACCCGUCUACCAGACGGGCUCAUCAUCUGGACUCAAACGACGUGCUCAAGCACCAUCACCGGGCUUGCGACAGUCAACAUCUCGAUUGCGAUCUCCUGAUGGAGGACGUUAGGAUCGACGAAUCCGCUUUACGCUAUGCGGACGAGCUCAAGACGAGGAUGAAGAUCGCCUUGGCCGAUCUUGACGCCCUGCCAUAG